CGUUGAGAGGCACAUAGCUCCAUAGUGUUAGUCAAUCCCCCAAUGAUCAGGGCUCUCAGAUGGAGCACAAAAAUGCUCUUCAGACAGCUUGCAUGCUCACAACGUUGGCAAGAUUUGUGAGAGGGAAAGAAUGAGAAAUCUUCAUGAGAAAGUUAUUAUUCCUGCAAGUGUGUUUCUUCUUUAUGCUCUGACCGUUCUGUUGCGAACUCUGCGCAAUGAAGUACAGCGCAUGGGAUCAAAGUGGGAGUCGUCCCAGUUUCAAAGCCACCUCACCCUCACCGCUAGUAGCGCUGGCGGAGCAGUCGUGUUUACACCAUAA